UCUCUUCUCAUCUCGUAUCCUAUCACUUCCAUUUCAAUUUCUACCUCUUCAUAAAAAAUUCAUUAAAUUCCCACACCUUAAAUUUCCACACCUUUUUCAUCACCACUUGAAAAAAAAUGGCCACCGAAACCGAAGUUUCGGCGCUUGAAAUUAUCAGGCAGCACCUUCUUGAAGAGUUUUCUCCUGUCGACACUUUUAUAAAUCAUUUUAGCCAGUUCGAUUCGGUUUUUAUCGCGGAUAAUUCUUUCUCGCCUUCCGACUCUUCCUCUUCCUCCGCUUCUUCAUGUACCGAAAUCGCAAUUUCCGAUUAUUUCAUGCCUGAUGAAAUCGAUGCGUUUUCGUUUUCUCAAGAUUUAUUUAUUUCCGAUCAGAAUCAACAUAUUCAACAACAGUUAAAUAUCGAGCUUCCCGAGCCUGAUAAAAAUUUCGAACUCACCGAAUCAAAAUCAACUCAGCCUCAGCACACGAAAUCAUCGACGAAAGAGGAAGACAAGAAGCACUACAGAGGAGUACGAAAGAGGCCGUGGGGAAAAUACGCAGCCGAAAUUCGAGACCCGAACCGAAGAGGCUCCAGGCUGUGGCUAGGCACAUUCGACACUCCAGUCGAAGCUGCCAAGGCUUAUGAUCGAGCUGCGUACAAUCUUCGCGGUAGCAAGGCCAUUCUUAAUUUUCCUCUCGAAAUCGGAAAAUCUAAUGACGAGGCUGGUGCAACAAACCGUGGUCACAAAAGAACUAAACAAGUCACAAAUAUCGAAGAUAACACUGCUUCAACAAAAAAGCCGAAAGCAAGUACGCAAAAUAUUAGUAGUAACAAUGUAACGGACUGUCUACCACCAGUGUUUACACCGUCUUCGAGUUCAGAAAUAAUGAAUUUAUCUGAUUUUCCUCCGUUAUCUCCGCUUGCUUCACUGGGAUCGUAUCAUCAACUACUCGCGUUAUGAGUAAAUUCCGUCGUAAAUAGCCUGUUUUGUUGCUGAACGUUGUGGUGAGCUACGAACGCAACGAAGUUCAUCGGUGAUGGCCCAGGAUAAGGACAAAAUCAUGGUGUUCGAGCUAAAUUAUUUGAAAGAAAGAAGCGUACGCUUGCAGUAACAUGCAAAGAGGAGCCACGACGGGGAAUAGGGCUAGAAAUAAUAAGACGAAUGUAUGCAAUAAUCGAUGCUAAUCUCUGAACACGGCUGUGAUUAAGAAAAUGAUGAUUAGUGAUUUGAUUACAUUUUACGAUGAUUUGCCUCCUUACUAUGCAGUGUGAACAUUUUAAUUUACUCUAUGUACACUCUUGAAGGACGUGCAAAUAUGAUUAUUAUCUUAUCAUUGUAAUAUAAAUUUGCUGUUUAUCUUAUUAUAUUAGUAUUAUUGUGGAA